CCAUCGAACAUAGUACAUACUCCACCCAAAGGUGCAGCCAGCUUAUCUGGGGUGUGUGUGUGUCUAGGUGUGUCGACUUCCUGCUAGUGCCGACUGAAGAACAUAUCUGAGCACACACACACCUUAAAAAGUGAAAAAGAGCGUCGGAUGACAGACAGACCGUAGCGAAACCUCGAUCAUUUGUCAUUUUAUGACUCAGUGAGCAGCAUCUAGUGGACUUUCAUCCCCUUGGACCGGGUCGAAAUCCGUAUUUUGUUUAGUUUUAAUUAAAAAAAUGGCAAAAGUUUUAAUGCUCACCCUCUUCUUCACAGCGCUGAUGUCGUCGCGCGGACAGUCCUGUUAUGUUCAGAGUCCUUUUUACGUGCGCGUGCCACUAACUAUUCCAGCUGGAUACGUCGCAAAAGUUGAAACAUCCGGCUGCGACCCCACAUCUCUGUGGUUUUCAUCAAAGGACCCGAGUUUUACUGUCCGAAGUGAUGGAGUUAUUAUAGCGCUGAGGUCUGUGACGAUGGAAACCGGAGAGCGGACAUUUUCUGUGGGAGUACAUGACAACAAUGGGCCGGAAAGUGAGAUGGAAGUUCACCUUGUUUAUAAAAGAACAAGGAAGACAAAUGAAAAACGUGAAGCAGUUCUGAAGCGCACCAAAAGACACUGGAGACCUGCACCCUUCCACAUACUGGAGAAUGGCAAACCCCCUUUCCCCAUAUAUAUUGAUCAAUUUGUGUCAGAUUCAAGUCAAAACUACAGUGUCUUCUACACUCUCAGAGGACCUGGAAUAGACGAGUACCCAUUUGACAUCUUCUCAUUCAAUUCUGAGAACGGAAAACUUUAUUUGAAACAAUCUGUGGACCGUGAAGAGUAUUCAGAGUUUCAUUUAACUGCCCGUGUCUUUGACAAAUUAAAUCAAAAAGAAAGAGACAACCCUGCACCCAUCACAGUCAUUGUUGAUGAUGAAAAUGAUAAUGCACCAGAAUUCAUAGGCCCACUGCAGUUUGUUGUAGAUGAGCAAAACGGCCCAGGCACGUUGGUGGGGCAGCUGAAAUCAACAGACAGAGAUGACCCAAACACUGAUCAUUCUAGGGUCCAGUACAAGCUUCUGUCUGGAUUAAAUUAUUUUGCCAUCCACCCAAAAAGUGGCACCAUCACUACUGUCACCAACACGCUGGACAGAGAGACAACAGACAAGCACUUUGUCAUAGUAGAGGCCAGAGAUAGGGAAGGUGCAGCGAACGGCCUCUUCACCACCUGCACGGUAACCAUUAAUCUGAGAGACGUCAAUGACAACCCACCGACUUUCCUAAAAACACCAUACAAAGCAACUAUAGCAGAAAACGUGGGGGAAAAACUUCUCCUGAGAAUUCCUGUGGAAGACAAGGACUUAAUAAACACACCCAACUGGAUUUCCAAAUUUAUCAUCACAAAAGGAAACGAAAAUGGAAAUUUUAGGAUUGAUAGAGAUCCUGCAACAAACGAGGGAUGUCUUUAUGUUACUAAGCCCUUAGAUUAUGAGAUCAGCCCAAUUGUCAGGCUGGAGGUUUUGGCUCGUAAUGAAGCGGAGCUGAAUAGCACCUCGGCCCAGUGGCAGACAGUUCCUGUAAAUGUCACUGUGACCGACGUUGACGAAGGCCCGGAGUUCUCAGCUCCCACUAUCACCUUCACAAUCAAGGAAAACACACCAAAUGGCACACUAAUAGGAACAUAUUCAGCUAAAGACCCUGAGACCAAAAAGAGUGAUGGCAUCACCUAUUACAAGUCUUCUGAUCCAGGCGGUUGGGUUAAUGUGGAUAAAAACACCGGACAGCUGACGGUUGCAAACACGAUUGACAGAGAGUCAGAUCUUGUCCGCGAUGGGAUGUACAACAUCACCGUGAGGGCUGUUGAUGCAACUUCCAAAUCCGGAACAGGAACUGUCAUCCUUAAAAUUAUAGACGAGAAUGACAACAUGCCAGUAUUCCCCCCCGGACUGGUGCUGUGUCAGAAGACGGAAGACGAGCUUGGCUCUGUGGUGGUCACGGCCGAAGACAAGGACGGAAGUCCAAAUACUUUCCCCUUCAGCUUCAGACUCCCACCUGACAAUGAUGGCACUUGGUCUCUGGAACCACUUAAUGCAACUUCUGCUAAAUUGAAGCAGGUGAAACCCCUUUCUACAGGGAUAUACGACGUCCCGAUAACUGUGAGAGAUCAGCAGGGAUACGGUGCUGAAAAGAUAACAAAAGUCACCAUCUGCAGGUGUAGAAGUGGAGUCUGUUUGGCCCAGAAAAGAGCUGUGGCUUUAGGGCCAAUGGGUGCUCUGGCUUUGUUUUUGCCAUUGCUCCUCCUCCUUCUGCUCUGUUUGUUUCUCAUAUUUAUCUGUGCAACCAAGAAACAAAAGGCCCAAAUCAUGGAAGCAGACGACUACAAGGGAACACUGCUAGAAUCGAACACAGAAGCCCUGGGAGACAACGUGGAUGCCAAUUUCCUCUCUAUGGGGCUUGACCAAGGAGCAAAAGGCUCAAAGGUUUCUAUAAUGAAUCAAGGAUGGGCAGGAAACAAAAGCUUCAGUACAAUUGGAGGCCAUAGCAUGCACGACUUUGGAUAUAACCAGUCUGGUAUGACCAUGACUAACAUUCAGGAUGUCUACUCUAGACAGUUUGACCACUAUGGUACUCAACAUGUUGGAAGUACGCUUCUUGGUAACGGCAUGGACUAUAGGGGCCAGGAUUCAUCUUUACUUCACUGGCAAACAGUAGAGCUCAUGCUACAGGAGAGAAUGAAGUAUAUGGGGCAAAAGGAAAGGGAGGAGGAGGAGGUCAACGACACCCUUCACUGCUAUGGUUAUGAGGGGGCGGGCUCUACAGCUGGCUCUGUGGGAUGCCACAGUGACAUCGGCGACAGAGAUAACCUCGAAUUUCUAAACACACUCGGACCAAAGUUCAAAUCUCUUGCAGAAGUUUGCACAAAGUCAUGAACAAAGACAUUCAUCUGUGUUUAUUUUUCUAUUCUACAGGAAUUUGAGACAGCAGAACACUUAGCACACCUUUGGAUGUUAUUAGUAUUUCCGUUGCCUUUUUUGUGUUAUAAUUAUUAUUUUGAAGCUUUUGGUAGAAGUCAUUUGCACUGAGAACAAAGUAAAUGCAGUCAGCUUUACAAGACUUGCAUUGCUGUGUGUUAACAUGCCUCUAGAGUUCUGGUUUAACCCCUAAAUGUUUGAAUUCAAAGAAGGGAUGCAAGGUUUUAUAUUGAUUUGUAAAGAAAAACUUGUGGUAUUUUGGUUUGUUUUAAUCUGUUAAAAUGUUUUGUAACUUGUGUGAUUUUUGUCUAACUUUCAUUGAUUUGUUUUAUUUUGUAAGUAUGUUUUAAAGUGAAAACCAACCUAAAUGUACAAUGAAAUCAAUGCAGCUGCCUUCAUUGACAUUUCAUAAAGUAUUUCAUGCAAAUUCACAUCUUUCUGAAGGAAUGGGCAGAUUGGGCUUGGAGGGUUUCUUCAACUUGAAGUCGCUUCAUAUUUCUUGUGUCUUGCUGUAAUUAUCAGUGUGAACGCGUUCCAGCCACAUUGGAAUGUGUUUACGGUUAACUGGGUGUGGUUUCGCCGCAGCGUCGGUCGGAUUUUUGCAACAUUCCGACAGCGACCUUGUGAAAGUUACCAUGAGGGCGUGAACGCUGGUGUGAGGCGUGACUCCUCAGAAGACUUGACACUGUUCAGACUUGUAUAAGAAACCUGGCCAUCAUAUUGCCUAUUUAACAUGCUGUAAUGAUUCAUUAAAAGAAUAUUCAAUUUU